CGUGUUCCGAAGGAAGACGCUUCCACUGUGAGAUUGCUGUUUCUCAGUCGGAGUGUGGUUUUCUAGCAGGAUGUGUAAUCUUUGCCCUGUUGUAUUGUCAAGCGGUGGUGGUGCUGGCUGCUGCUCUCUUGCAAACAGGUUGGUGCUGCGAUGGCUGUGAACCCCAAGCCUGCAAUCUCCUACGGGCUGCAAGACAGCAUCUCUAAAUUCCUAAAGCCAGAGAACAUCCAGUUCAUGGGAAGGAUCCGGCUGAAUCGCUCCAAAUCAAAGACCGAGGAAAGAAUCCUGGUGAUGACAUUAUGGAGGGCACACAUACUGCAGCCUAGCCUACCUGUCAAGGUGGACAGCUCUUUCAGCUAUUUAGAGAUCUGUGCCAUCAUCAUAAAAGACAUCACCCAGGCCGUCAUAGAGACGGACAGCUGCUCCUAUUCCUUCUGCCUGAUGUCUUUAGACGACCUGGAGCACGUGGUCAGCCAUGUCACGGCAUCGCUCAGGAAGAUCUUCCCAGAUUCCUCUCCGGGAAAGUUGCUCAAGAAGAUUCCUCCGGACUUGCAGGAGAGAUUCCAGAAGUUGACCUCCGCUGUGGAGGAGCACCAGAGUGCUAACCAGGGGCCAUGUGGUGGAUUUUCAGAGACGUACGCUGGCUUGUGUGAUUACAAUGAGUUCACCUGCAGAGAGGAGAUUCAGUGGGAUGUGGAUAAUAUCUAUCACAGCCAGGACUGCAGGGAGUUUAACCUGCUGGAUUUCGGUCACAUGGACAGCAGAGAUGUAGCCCUUGCUGUAGCUGCCCUGUCAUUUAACCAGUGGUUUACAAAGCUGUCCUGCAAAGACUUCAAACUGGGUCCUGAGGUGCUGGAGCAGGUUCUCUAUGUGAUCCACAUGUCCCCGAAACUGGAGGAAGUGAGUCUGGAGAGCAGCGGGCUGAAAUCGGAUUUUGCCCAGAAGAUGGCGCUAGCACUCAGUGAACACCCCUGCUCAGCCCUGCACUCCAUCAAUCUGUCUGGAAACCCCAUCGAGGAUAGAGGGAUUACAGCCCUGAGCCAGCAGUUUGAGAAGCUUGCCAGCGGACUGACUCACCUCACCCUCUCGAGAACUGGCUUCACUGCUAGAGGGCUGAGUAGUCUAUCCCAGGCGCUCUCAGUCAACAAGUCCUUCUCCAGCUCCCUGCGUCUGCUCGACCUGUCUGGGAACGCCGGGAUAUUCGCCACUGAAGACACCACAAAUUUCUUCAGCUUCCUGGCCUCUCCAAAUGAGCUGACUCACCUGGACCUGUCAGCGACAGACUGCCCCUUGGGCAUGCUGUUUGUGCCAUUGCUUGGUGGAUGCUGUUCCAAACUUUCGUACCUCAACCUCUCAAAAAAUGUUUAUUCGCACAAGAAGGUGAAAGACAUUCCUGCUGCAGUGAAGGAGUUCUUCAGUCUCUGUGUGUCUCUCAAGUUCCUGGGCUUGUCUGCCUCCAGGCUGCCCGCAGAGAUGCUGCGGCUGCUGCUGCAGGGACUGGCCUGUAAUACCCACCUCUCCGAUGUGCAGUUAGAUCUCAGCAGCUGUGAGCUCAGGUCAGCUGGUGCACAGGUUAUCCAGGACCAUAUAUUUGAAGCCAAUGCCAUCGGGAGCCUGGACCUGUCUGACAAUGGGUUCGACAGUGACAUGGUGACCCUGGUGUUGUCUAUUGGUCGGAGCCAAUCCAUUCGACACCUCUCCCUGGGGAAGAACUUCUGCAUGAAGUCGAAAGCCUUGGCUGAUGUUCUCUGUAGGAUUGUGCAGCUGAUCCAGGAAGAAGAGUGUCCUCUUGAGUCCCUGUCAGUGGCUGAUUCCAAGCUGAAGGCAGCCGGCACGACCAUCCUCAUCAAUGCCCUGGGAAGCAAUCCUAGCCUCUCCAAGAUAGACAUCAGUGGCAACUGCAUGGGGGACACGGGAGCCAAGAUGCUCGCCAAAGCCUUGCAGAUCAACACCAAACUCAGAACUGUGAUCUGGGACAGGAACAACACCACGGCGGUCGGCUUCCUUGAUGUCGCCAACGCUCUGGAAAAGAACUACACCCUGAAGUCCUUGGCUUUGCCAGUGAGCGACGUGGCCCAGGCUUCUCGCAGCAACCCGGAGAAAACAGAGGAGGCGCUGCAGAAGAUCCAGUCAAGCCUUCUAAGGAACAACCAGCGGUGCAGCACGUUCUCUGACAGAGCGUCCCGGCUGCAGCAGGGGAUUAUAACAAGCUCCUCCGAGCAGCUGGUGAGCCGCCUGUGCGCGAGGCUCCAGGGCAGCAUGGCGUCCCUCUCCAGCUGCUCCUCCAGGGAGGUGCAGGAGGACAUCAUCACUGCUGAGGAGGUGCUGUGCGAGGCCAGAGCCUCCAUCAACCUGCUGCCAACACUGUACCAGAUGGGCAGAGCUCCCUCUAGUGUUGAUGUUCUGCACUACAGGUUGAAGGAGACAGCAGAGGAAAUCACCCAGGAGAUCAGUCAGGAGAUACAGCUCCUGGUGCACUCCAUGCUGGACACUGUCCAGAGGCUUUGCCCAAAGGUCAUCCAGCGGACGAGGGUUCGAGACCAGCUGACCAGCUCUGCUUCCAGUAGGACGGUCCAGUCAGAGGACUUUGUACGAGAGGCACUAAUCCAGCAAGCCGGGGAGGACAUUGUGAACAAACUGAGUGAACUCAAACUGUCCCAUACUGUUACUCUUGCUGAAAGCAUUAUCGAUGCGAUUCUACAGGACUUAUCAACGUCCCAGCGGAAACUGGCGCAGCAUGUGCUGGAGCACACCAAGACCGUGCCACAAAUCAUGACUUCGAAGACAGAAGAAAAACCUCUGAGGAAAAAUAAAGCUCUGUUUGAGCUGGCCGAAAUGGAGUUCCCGACCGAUGAGUAUGUUCCAGUUAUUCGGAGGCACGCGCUGCACGCCAGGAGCAUUCGGCCCGCCCCCUCCAUGAAAAGUCUAGUGGAGCUGGAUUCAGAAUCGCAGCAGGAUGAUUCCGAGGCUGGAGCCAGCCAGGCAGGGCUGUCAAUCAGCAGUAUGGCCCCGGUGAAGUCCCGCCCCGCCUCCACAGAGGAUGCUGCUGCCGCUGCUGCUCUUAGCAACAAUCUGCCUGCCAGCUCAGAGCCUGAAUCUCCUCAGCCCCUUAUGGACCUGCCCAUUGAAGGACAGAGACUGAAGCAUUACACCCGCGCUAGGCCCAGACCCAACCGCAGGAACAAGCAGCCCCCCAGCAAGCCCAAUGUGCAGGCAGUUGCAUGUGAAAAUGAAGAGAAUGUUGGUAACGUGGAUGAGGGAGUAGAGGAGUUCUUCACAAAGAAGCUGAGACCAGAAGAUCCCCUAAAAAGCCAGCAACCUGUAAAAGCUCAGGAACCCAGCUGCUCUGCUUCCCCACCCUCUAGUUCCAAGACCAUCAAGAAGAAAUUUGGGGAUUUCUUUGCAUUCAAGAAGCCGAGAUCAGCACGGGGGGCGAAGGGCGAGGGGGGUCCCGAAGGCAGCCCCUCAGUGGGGCUGAGGCUCAAAAAGACUUCAAUUGCGGACCUGAUCCGCCCGCUGAGAGAGGCAGCGCGGGCUGCAGAGAGGGCAGAAGAGAGUGCCGGCAAGGCGGCAGCAGCAGCAGCAGCGUCAGUGACGGCGUCAGCAGCGUCGUCAGUGACAGACUCGCCAGCAGCACAGCCCCCCGGCCCCAUUGACAGAGAGAGGAGCAAGACGCUGGACAGCGACAGGGAGAAGAGCAAGACCCCCGAUGCAGACAGGAAGCUCAAGCCAUCCCGCCGCUCACUGAGGGAAGGGAAGUCACAGUCUCUCAUUCUCCUUCCUGGGGUCAACGAGGAGGAAAAUCUGCCAGGGAACCAUGGCAAGAAACACUUCUCUGACAAAGCCACAGCCGAGGGAGCUCAAACCUUCGAGCAGAAGGUCCAUGUCAUGCUGCACCGGAUCGGGGUUACAAAGGUACUUUCAUCAGACACCAAGAAAAAUGAGAAUAAAGAAGGAGAAUUGAGAAAGGCGGACUCUGAAGGAACUAUAGUGGACAGUAAACCCGAGCCCCCUCCCCAGUUCAUGAAACCUCGCACCAUGUCCACCUCAUCAGAUAUUAGGCGACCCAUCCGGCCAGGCUUUGCAGUCGAACCCCCAGGAACAGAUUGUACAAGCACUGCGCAGAAAAGCAGCCAGGAGCAUGCCAGCCCUGCAUUCCACAAGAUCCUGGGAAAGCCCCCAGUCCCCGACCAGAAGGAGAAAAGCUCAGAGUCCCUCUCCUCCUCUCCAAAAACGCCAGUGGCCUGUCCAGAGCAAGCCCACCCUGACAGGAGCACAGCAGGGGCUGCACAGGAGGCAGACAGCCUCUUCCGGUGCAAGAAGGACACUCCAACCCCUUCUCCGCGAAGAGGAACCAGUCUGGGGGAGCAGAAGAGGAAGACCGAACCAGCAAUGCCAGCGCCAAAUGAAGACAAUCUCCCGGUACCCCGGCCUCGAAUAAAACAGAUCCACAACCGAAGAGCCGUCUCUGUUCACGAGGAACAGCUCCGGGAUCAGAGCAGCCUGCUGGAACCGGAAGAUCUGAGGGCAGCCCUAUCCAGGCUUCAGAGAUCCCCGGUACGGAAAAUGACGAACCAAGCGGAACUCCCCCUGUUCAGUGAAUCCCAGCCAGAAGAAAUGCAAGGCGACAGAAAGGCAGAAGAGACCAGAACGAGACCAGCGACCAGAGAGAAGCGGGCAGGAUCGAGCGAGGAGCUGCAGGUUCCACAGACUGCACGACAAACACUUCCAGACCAAAGAACUUAGCCACCC